GAAACGUAUGCAAUCUCAGAAGUGAUACAGCUCGGAGCGGAAAUGAACAAUGAUUUUAGAUUGUGUUUUAUUAACUUCAAAACCUGCCCCUUACAGGAAUAACUACUACUACUACUACUAAUAAUAAUAAUAAUAAUAAAAUAGUAGUUAUUGUUGUACAGCAUUUGUCUCAAAAUCGGUUUCUGCAGCUCUGUAGCGUUUAGCUCCAACUUGAUCCAGCUAAUCAAGCUCUUCAGGAUCACUAGAAACUUCCAAACAGGUAUGAUUUGGAGAUAAGCUCUCCGGGAAUUGUUGUACAGCAUGUAUUGAUGUGCGCAUGCUCAGUACAGAAGCGCCAUACGUAUCCCCUCUAGAGUUUUUUUUUUUUUUUACCGGACAACACUUCAUGGCGUUUUAACGAUAUGUUAGAAAUAUAAUCGUGGUAAAUUAAUUGUAUACUAAACAAUAUAGAUGCAUCGUUUUGUGCAUAAUUUGCACGUCAUUAAAUAACAUUAAAAGUCGUCUGAAGUAGGCUACAAAGCGAUACUAGACGGUAUUUAUAAAACAAACAGUACUCCGAAAUAUACAAAAGGUACUGCGGUAAGUGUCCAAAAAAACGUAAUAGUUUUUAUAAUUCAAAAUACUGUGAUCAAGUUAACCCAGUUUUUUGUAGAAACGCCCAAUCAUCGUCUAUUCAGCGCCGUCCAAUAGCAGCAGCUCUCAGACAAUACCGUAGGAUAAACAUUCCUAAACCAUAUAUACUAGACUUAAAGCUGUAGGCAUUAGAACUGUAGGCACUGCUCACCACUGACUUUAGGAGUCUAACCAACAACAAGAAUCAGUUCUUCAGGAUCUAAAAACCAUGGCAGCCGCUCCUGCAACAAGUGUCCAUGGACCUUCUGCUCCUCCCGCAAACAUGUUCGAUACAGUCCCCGGAUACGAAGGAACCAUAGCUGGCGGAGGCGGUGGGUAUCUUCCACCUCCACCUCCAUCUGUGCCGAUGCCUGUGCCUGAACAGGCCCCCAGCUCACCAGACUGGCACAUACCAUCCAUCUCAGAGGACCGAGCACGUGAAUCUUUUGCAACAUACGUCUCCAGCAAGUGCUGUUAUAGUUCAGCCCCCGACAAAGAGGGAGUCAUAACCAAUAUGGAGUCCUUUAAUACCUACAGGUAUCGUUUGGAGACGUUCACAGAAUCCAGAUCUACUGAAUGGAGUCAGGAGCCUUACACAGGUCAGCCUGUGGAUGCUGGUGUUCAGCCCGCUCCUGGUCCGUGGCAGAUUGCAGCUCAGCCGCCAGCCUUCUUUAAAGAGCACAAGCAGACCAUUAAAGUGCCCUAUACUUCUUCGGUCAAGAACUGUCACUUGUGUCUGGGAUUGGGAAGAAACCCCUGUACCACAUGUGCUGGAUCUGGAAACAAAGUCUGUUGGGUGUGUAAUGGUUCUGGUCACCGUCAAUCUGAUGACCGCUGCAUGCACUGCAAUGGGCGAGGACGUGAAAACUGUAGUUCAUGUAGUGGCCACGGCUCCUGCCAGUGUGACACCUGCCAUGGAAAGAGACAGCUGCUCGUCUUCAUCAACCUCAUUAUCAAAUGGAGCAUUGAGAAGGAUGAAUUCAUAGCGCAAGACUCGAGUGGUCUGAGAAUGCAAAAUCUGGAGAAGGUUUCAGGGAAGGAGCUCUUCAAAGAUGCCCAAUAUAUGGUCUAUCCAGUAAGGGGCUUUCCAGAUGUUUCUGUUGCACAAGCAUCUGAGCGCUUAGUGAGAGACCAUCAGAUGAAAUACACCCAAACAUCUCUCGUAUUACAACAGAGGCAGACGAUCGAGCUCAUACCCAUAACCAAAGUGAACUACAUGUGGAAAGGAAAGCCUUAUGGUUAUUAUGUCUAUGGAAAUGAGUUCAAAGUGAACGCGGAUGACUAUCCCGCCACCUGUUGCUGUUCCGUCAUGUAACAUCAAAUACACCCGACCUGACGUACAGUAACAUGAAUGCUUUUUAUGUUAAGAUGAACAAAUGUAAUCUCUUUUGCCGACACAUCCUGGAGUCAUGCCAUAAAAAUGCCACCUGUCCGAACAGGGCAUUGUUUAUACAUAUAUGUAACAUUUUAUGCCACCUGACUAACAUUAUCAACUGUGAAUUACUAAACUUAUUACUCAGAUUAAUGCAUUUUUCAGAAGACCUAAUUGCUGAAGAAUACGUAGUAUAAUCCAUCUUUAAUCUAAAAACAUGUAUUGUUAUUGUUUAUAGAUUCACUAGUCAAAUUAAUCUGUGAAUAAACCUUUUUCAAAUUA